CUUCUAUGGCGCGCGACGCGUAACGUGUGCAGUGAGUUGAUUCUACAUUUUCCAGGGAUAAUUUUUUUUCUUUGCUCGGGGGUGUUGUGGGUGAAAUUUAAGAGAAUAAAACAUGAGCAAACAGUGGCUGGUAGUCUUUGUAGCAUGCCUCAUGCAACAUGCAGCAAGCGAAUGUCUGAUGACAGACGACAGAUGCGAGUUUUGGCUGGUCAUCGAGCAGAAACUGACCAUGAUGUACGGCAAGGAGCUUGUCUACUUUAAAGACGGCCAAAUAUUCACCGACUCCUCGCUUAAGUUUGAGCCAGAGAAGGUCAUCACGGCUGAUGCCUUUAUGGACCCUAAGCUGGUCAUCACGGCUAAUGGGACAAUGCCCGGCCCUCCCAUAGAGGUGUAUGAGGGGCAGACGAUUACAGUUCACGUGAGGAACGAUUUGAUCAGCGACGCCGUCACGGUCCACUGGCACGGUCUCCACCAGGUGGGGACUCCCUGGAUGGACGGGGUGCCCUUCGUCACACAGUGCCCAAUACUGCCUGGGACAGAGUUCACGUACAAGUUCAAGGCCAGCCCUAUAGGCACGUUCUGGUACCACUCACACAUGGGGACCCAGCUCUCCUCGGGUCUGUUUGGUGCCUUCAUCAUCAGGGCCAAGGUCGUCACCAGGGACACGGAGUUUGUUAUGAUACUACAGGACUGGAAUCACUUUAUGGACGGUGACACCGCCUAUUUCAAGAUGCAGUAUGGCGUCUUCGAAAACGGACAAAGAGUUGCGGCAAGUACGUCGUUUGAUGGUGGUAAAUUCAGUAUGUUUAAGAUCCAUUCCGUGCUUGUGAACGGUAUGGGGCGGUUUGGUGUCGUUAAGGCACCUUUGGCUGUUUUUGAAGUGGAUCCAAACACGAAAUACAGGUUUAGAGUAAUAGGGGCUACAAAUAAUUAUCCGUUGAUUGUGUCCAUUGAUCAACACACUCUGGAGGUUGUAGCUAGUGAUGGCUAUCCCAUCCACCCACAACCAGUGAACUACUUCAUCAUCAACCCGGGAGAACGGUACGACUUUGUAAUUAAGACUGACCAGGUUAAUUUAAACUACUGGAUCCGGGUUCAGACUUUGGAGACCACACCAACCACAGGCUGGGCUAUUCUACGAUACAGAGGUGCUGUCAAUGGCGACCCUGAUUCAUGGCCUAGACCAUGCACGAUCACUGAUGUAUGCUACGUACUCAACUGCCCGUUUUCAUACUACCCAACAAGUGUAAACACAAUUUGUGUGAAUUUCGACAAAAUCAAAUCUGCCGCCGUCAACAACCCACCAGGCAAGAACACGGAGGAAAACAUUAAGGAAAUUUUCUUAAACUUCGCUUUUCCUGGAAAAGGCGAUGUAGUUCCUGGAUCCGUCAACGGCCGCAGGUUUCAGUUUCCCUCUGUGACAGCACUGACUGAGCCUCAAAGUGUGACCAGCUACUGCAGUAAUGACAAGUGUGGCGAGGAAGAGUUGUGUAACUGUACAUACAGCAUCAGCCUCGAGUACAAUACCACAUAUCAAAUGGUGCUACUGAACAAAGGAGCAGGAAGGGGCUGGACUCACCCCAUACAUUUACAUGGUCACUCCUUUUACCUCGUCAAAAUGGGAUACCCAGAGUAUGACAAAGUAACAGGUUUAUUUCUGGGAGAAAACACGGACAUCAACUGCACACGUAACUCAACGCUUGAAAACAGUUUCUGUAACAAUGCAUCUUGGGCUAACUCCUCAUGGAAAGGUAACAACAUUGACGGAAUAGAACUGGAUUAUCCCCCAAUGAAAGACACCAUCAUUGUACCAACCGGCGGGUACGCUGUGAUCCGUAUCAGGGCCGACAACCCCGGCGUGUGGUUCAUGCACUGCCACAUUGAACUGCACCACGUCAACGGGAUGGCCCUAAUGUUCAACGAAUCGUUUGACCGACACCCCGAUGUCCCUUCACAUUUUCCUAAGUGCCAGAACUAUAAUCCGUCGUCCCUUGGGUUAAUCGCGUCGUCACUUGCUCUAGUUGUCGGACUGAACCUGCUUUUGCUGGAAGCUUCCAAUAGCUAUUACAAUGAGCGGCAUAAACAAAAUAUUUUGAAAACAAAAGCCUAG